UAGUCGUCUGCUCGCAAUUGGCGAAACAUGGCUUUGAGAUCGCAGACUAUACGUCCCGCGCGCGUGAAACCGCACGUGGUCUUAUGGUCUACGCUAAGCGAGAUGGCCCGUUCUAAACUCGCUCGGCGCGAUCGCCACGUCGGUGGAUUGCGUCGGAUCAUUUCUACAAUUUCCUCAUAAAUUCCACGCACCGUUAAUCUAAUAGCGAGAGCUAAUUUACCAUGGAGCAACUAAGCGAAGGACAGACGGUUGUAGUGGGUAGUACUGGUGGGACCGUACAAGUUGUUCAAAUGGGCCAAGGUGGACAAACUAUGAUGCUUCCACAAGCGAUACAAGUUGCAGCAACACAAGUAGCGCCUAAUGGACAGAUUCAAGUUGUUCCAGUUUCUAACCUGACCAACGCUGGUCAGAUAGUUAUUCAGCAACCACAAACACCACAAAUCAUUCAAACUCCCGAUGGACAGACCUACAUCUAUCAACCUGUGCAAUUAGAAGGCCAAGUGCAACAAGCGCAACCAACAGUGAUAAAUCUUAAUGGCAAUCUCAUGCAAAUUGCUGGUACAACAUCACAGACUGCAACUACUGCCGCUAGUACAACCCCAGUACAACCUUUAGGUAGUCCUACAUCAACAGUGUCACAAGGAGGGAAUGUUGUCAUGAUGGUACCAAGUAAUAGCGGACAAACACAGUUUCAAAGAGUAGCUUUACCUAAUGCUGAGCUUCUUGAAGAAGAACCACUAUAUGUCAAUGCAAAACAGUACAGACGGAUAUUGAAACGUCGCCAAGCUCGUGCUAAGUUGGAAGCUGAAGGGAAGAUACCCAAGGAAAGGCCAAAAUAUCUCCACGAAUCUCGUCAUCGACAUGCGAUGAAUAGAAUUCGUGGUGAAGGUGGCCGUUUCCAUUCAGGUCAAGUGAAAAAACGAAAUAGAGCAAAUGCAAACUACACGAUUACCCAGCACAUCACAUCCUCAACCAGCACCGAUAACGUUCAUACUGUAGCUAUAGCAGCUGCAAAUGUAGGUGUACAAUAUCAUGACACAGACAAUAUGGCAUCUACAAUUGUUCUUGAAAAGUCAAAUGUUUCUCUGCAAGAUAUGAUCUCUGAUGACGACAUUGUUACCUCAAACAGUCAUUUGAUGUAG